UUUGUUUUUUUCAGAGGAUUGAGUGAGUCAUUUCUGAAUGGAGGGUGGGUUUAUAAAAACCCUCGCCAGUCCCCCAGCAUUUUGGAGGCCACUUUGCUCGGCGCUCUGUUCACGGAUGCUCAGGCGGACGGGUCCAUCAGCGUCCCUGCUUUUCAUGCUGGAGGGCUCCGGAACUCAGACCGUCACCAUGAAGUCCUUCUACCCCUUGCUCUUCUCCUUGUUGUUGGUUUCUCGUGGAUCGUCAGCCGUCAUCACAGGGGCCUGUAUGAGGGACUCUCAGUGCGGAGGAGGGAUGUGCUGCGCCGUCAGUUUGUGGAUCCCCAGCUUGCGGAUGUGCACCCCCAUGGGCCGGGAGGGGGACAACUGCCAUCCACUGAGCCACAAGGUUCCUUUCUUUGGGAAAAGACUCCAUCAUACCUGCCCGUGUCUGCCCAACCUGUCCUGUGUUCCUGUAGAAGACGGCAACUCCAAAUGUCUUUCUCCGUACAAGUAUCCCGACUACUUCCUCUGAGGAACUCCGCUUCUGUCCACCUGUACAUCAACGAUUUCCUCCUACAAAAACUAUUUGUUUUUUUUUUAUUAAAUAUAACUUUGAAGAGAUAUAUUUAAAUAUGAAUCUUUAUGAUGCUUCUGUCUAAAUUAAACUAUACAUUUAAAAGAAAAUUCUGAAUUUUUAUUUUUCAUAGAUGGAACAACAACUUA